AUGAGGCCGCGCGGAAGGGGCGACGACGUCGAAGACGACGAUGACGAGGACGAGUACGAGGACAUCACGCCGCCUCGAAGAAUGCCAGGGCCCGAGGCCGACCCCGCCCCCGCCCCCUCGCCCUCACCCUCGCCCUCGCCCUCGCCCGCCCCCGCCCCCGCCCCCGCCCCGCCGCAGCCCACGCGUGCCCCGCUCAGCAGCCUCGUCAUUAGGCCGCCGCCGCCGCAGGAGAACGGCGGCGGAUCCUCCCCGCAUUCACCCUCCGCCCGCUCGCCCUCUCCCAGCGCCGGCGGACACCGAGGCCGCGGGGCCUCGCCCCCGCGGCGACGGCGGGACUUCUCACCGCCGCUUCCCCGCGGUUGGGAGAGGCGCCGGUCGCCUCCGCGGCAGCCGCCGGAGAGGCGGCGUCCUGGGAGCCCGCCGCCGGAGAGGCGGCGUCCUGGGAGCCCGCCGCCGCAGCGGCGACGCUUCACCCCACCGCCCCGGUUCCAGCCACCGCGGCAUCCGCGCUUCUACGAUGAGCAACAAGGAUAUGGAAUGCAUGCAGGCCCUUCGCCACCACGCCCACGCAGAGCAGAAGCCAGCAAAUUUGAUGAUGAUGUUGGUCCACGUUACACCCAUGGAUAUCGAGGGGUUGGUAGAGGAGGUGCAAGGUUCCGAGAGGGUUCUCCACCAUAUGGAAGAGGAGGUAGAUCAUAUGGGAGAGGCUAUGGCGCUCCACAUGGAAAGGAUUUCAUUAAUAUUGAUGGACAAUAUGUUCACCGAAAUGACCCAAAUCUUUCGCCAAGAGAAGGUGACUGGAUAUGCCAGAACCCUAACUGUGGAAAUCUCAAUUUUGCUCGGCGCACUCACUGUAACAACUGCAACAAGUUUCGCUAUUCAGCGCACGACGCAUAUGAGCCUAGGCGCAGCCCCCCCUUCAGGAGUUACCCCAGCUCUCCACGAGGGCCUCAAAGGAUGGUUGGCCCACCUGGUGAUCGUGCCCCUGCAAGAGAGAUGACCAGGUACAGAUCACCACCUCAUGGUUGGGGCGCAAGUGAUCCUAGGGCAUAUGCAGCUCGAUCCCCUCCAGAACGUGCAGGACGGUUUACAGAUCCAUCGCCUAAGGAAAGAAUGGGCUUCCGUGGUGAGCGCGACCCAAGGGACCGUGUGAAAUUUGAGUGGUCUGCCACUGAUGACUACAUUCAGACGGAGCGCCCACAUGAUGGUUAUCUUGACAGGAGUCGGCGUCACUCAGGAUCUCCUCGUGGUAACUGGGGAAAUGAUCUGCGUGACAGAAGCCGCUCUCCUCCAAGGAACAGGCCUAUGAAGAGUUCCUUCAACGACAGAGGUCGACCUGAUGACUAUGCUGCUGAUCUAUAUGCCAGCCGAGGGAGACCCAAUGGUAUGGAGGCUGGCCGUGGGCGUGGGCAUGUUUACAGACCAGGCAGUGGCCCAUACCCUGGUGAGGGUCGAGGUGACCGACGUGCUGCUCCACGUGCUAGGAACGAAGAUGGCUAUUAG